AUGAUCCACCUAGAAACAGCCAUCUUUGAUGAGGAAUUAUUCUCCCUUGAUAUCUAUGGGCAUAUAAUUGGCAUGUUUGAGUUGAAUAAUCUUGAUUUGGUUGUAGCAUCUCCAGUGGAAGAUGAUUUUUUAUACAAUGACGAUCUUCCAUAUCCUGAAAAGAAAGAAGCUGAGGAGAUCACACGACCAUUUUUAGAUGCUCUUGGCAGUGACUAUUCAGUUUGUUGUCAAGGUAUGAUGUUCUUUUGUUAUAUAAAUUGUUUUGAAAAAUAUAAUAGUCGACAGAUGUUGAAUUGUCUCUCUCAUUAUCAGGAUAGAGAUGGACAAGGGACAAUAAUUGCUCUUAAACCUAUUUCCGAGGGAGAAGAGGUUACCAUUUCUUAUGUAGAUGAAGACCUUCCUUUUGAAGAGAGACAAGCAUUACUAGCAGAUUAUGGUUUUAAAUGCAGGUGCCCAAAAUGCUUAGAGGAAGCCAUAACCAAUGAGGCUGCCUUGAACAGAAUAAACGUGGAAGAAGUCAUGCGUUUUGUUAAAGGCAUGAUCGAUGAACUAAACCUAGUCGGGCCAUUUAUAAUUCUUAUGUUCAACUAUGCCACAUUUGUCAAGUUCAAAAAUGAAUCUGUUAUUUGGGAGCAUAUAAUUCUUUAUGGUAAAAUACUCACUCUCACAUUUACUAUUGUGGAAGAGGGACUGCCCAUGAGCAUGUACAUGAACCCCCGCUUCAAGAGAGGGUCGCCCGCUGCACUGGUGAAUGUCAAAGAGCUUCCCGUAUCUUCACGCAGCCGCAAUGCCAGGACAGGGAACAUGAAUCCUCCUCCAUUGAUAAGAACACUUGAUAUGAAGGUUGACAACUUGGGUCGGGAGCUUCGGGAGGAUCUUAAGGGUGUUGAGUCUAAGGUGAUGGAGAAUAUGACUUCUGUUGAAACCAAUAUUUUGGAUGCAAUAAUGAAAUCAAAGUAA